GAAUUAAAAUCAGCAUUCAAUCCCCUAUUGGAUAAAAUGUUUGCUUACGAUAAGGAGGUUGAACCUUUUAUGAGGCCAGUGGAUCCUAAAUUGGAUCUAUGCCCUGACUACUUCGACAUAGUCAGGCGGCCAAUGGAUUUCGGUACCAUAAAGUCAAAAUUAGAUCGCCUGGUCUAUAAGGAUCCGUGGGAAAUUAUAAAUGAAAUAUAUCUUGUCUUUGGCAAUGCCUGGCUCUAUAAUAAAAAAUGCUCUGUGUAUCAUAAAUACGCUUGCAAGUUAGCAGACGUCUUCGAAGCUCACGUGGAUGCAGUUAUGAGGGGCUUAGGG